CGGUCAAGCGCAGGCUGUGUCCCCUCUUCCCCUCCCAGCCUCCUUCCUGACCAACUCUGGGCGCGGAGAUUUGGCAGGACGUUCCGCAGACCCGGGAGGAGGAGAGACGGGGACCGUCCUUUUUUUUCCUGAAGAAUAGACUGUACCACCGUUCAGAUGCAAAGCAGCCAGAUGUGUCAUUCUGGCCGGGGGAAGCAGUGUUCCGCGCUGCAACAAGGUUGUCGUCCGCACGGAGGAUGCUAGCGGCUGAUGUGAACCGCACUGUGCAGGCAGUGUCUGAGUAACAUGUUAGCCAGCGCUUCCAGACCCACUUGUAUUGAAUGGUGACUCCUCUUCUACUGCAGAAAAGGGAAAAAAAUGUAAAAUAUGCAACUUGUCUUCUGCGACCAAGGGAAUAUAUCUAUUUUAGAAUUAAGGUCAGGAAAGACCCGGAUUUUCUGCCUCUUUGGAAUGAAUAGCUCUGGGUUUAUUUAAAAGUACUUUGGGCGUUUGCCUCAUGUAAACGGUACAAAUGCUGUGGAUUCACAAGCGUGCUUGUUGCUAGCUGAUAUCUCCUAAAUGUUUUGAUAAUUCUAUUCAUGCUGGAACUAUAGAAGGAGAAAACUUAUAAAGCUAAAAACCACCUCCUUGAAAGAGGCAAGACUUUCUUUGUAGAUUGGAAACCGUAUGGGCUAACCACUAGAUGUCGUUCCCACGAGCAAUGAUUCCAGUCACGGAGUUUAAGCAGUUCACUGACCAUCAACCUGCAUUUAGAGUGCUGAAGCCAUGGUGGGAUGUUUUCACGGAUUAUAUAGCCAUCGCCAUGCUGAUGAUUGGCGUAUUUGGAUGCACAUUACAGGUAAUGCAAGACAAGAUUAUUUGUCUUCCGAAACGCACUUCGCCCCAUAAUCUGCGCCCUGGUCCAAACCAAACUCUGGUCAACAUUUCUUCCAGUAAAUAUACGACACCCGUCCCGUUGCAGUUAACUACUUCUGCUUCCACCGAUGAGAUGAAAGGGCUGAAGACUAACCUUGACCUCCAACAGUACAGCUUUAUAAACCAGAUGUGCUAUGAGCGUGCCCUGCACUGGUACGCCAAGUAUUUCCCCUAUCUCGUCCUGAUACACACUCUGAUCUUCAUGCUGUGCAGCAACUUUUGGUUCAAGUUCCCCGGAUCCAGCUCCAAGAUCGAGCAUUUCAUCUCAAUCCUGGGCAAGUGCUUCGACUCCCCCUGGACGACUCGCGCUCUCUCCGAGGUUUCCGGCGAGAACCCGGAGGAGAAGGACAACAAGGGUGGCGAGAAGAACAACGUGGUCAAGGCAGCGCCGGGCCUGUCCGUCUCCGAGGGCGACUUGGUGAAGACCCAGUCGCUGCGUUCCAUUCCCGAGAAGAUCGUGGUGGAGAAACCAGCCGUGAGCGCCCUGGACCAGAAGGAAGGCGAGCAGGCAAAGGCGUUGUUCGAGAAGGUCAAGAAGUUCCGACUCCAUGUGGAAGAAGGAGAUCUCCUGUAUUCCAUGUACGUGCGCCAGACCAUCAUCAAGGUCAUUAAGUUCGUUUUCAUCGUUGUCUACAAUAGCAUCCUGGUGUCCAAGGUCAACUUCACGGUGGAUUGUGAGGUCAACAUUCAGGAGAUGACCGGCUACUGUAAGUUUUCUUGCAACCACACCAUGGCUCACUUGUUCUCCAAGCUGUCCAUUUGCUACCUGUGCUUUGUCAGUGUCUAUGGCUUGACCUGCCUUUACACUCUCUACUGGCUCUUCUACCGCUCCCUGAAGGAAUACUCCUUCGAGUACGUCCGGCAUGAGACCGGCAUCGACGACAUCCCCGACGUCAAGAACGACUUCGCCUUCAUGCUGCACCUGAUCGAUCAGUACGACCCGCUGUACUCCAAGAGGUUUGCCGUCUUCCUCUCCGAGGUGAGCGAGAACAAACUCAAACAGCUGAACCUGAACAACGAGUGGACCCCGGACAAGCUGCGGCAGAGGUUGCAGACCAACAGUCAGAACAGGUUGGAGCUGCAACUCUUCAUGCUCUCGGGGCUGCCCGACACCGUGUUUGAGCUGACGGAGCUGCAGUCCCUGAGGCUGGAGAUUAUCAACAACGUGACCAUCCCGGCGACCAUCGUUCAGCUGGAAGGGCUCCGGGAGCUCUCCCUCUACCAGUGCUCCGUGAAGAUCCACAGCGCGGCGCUGGCCUUCCUCAAGGACAACCUCAAAGUCUUGCGGGUCAAGUUCGACGACAUGCGGGAGCUGCCGAACUGGAUUUACAACCUGAAGUGUCUGGAAGAGCUCCAUCUUCAAGGCUCCCUGAGCCCCGACCUGUCCAAGAACGUCACACUGGAGUCGUUGCGAGAGCUCAAAAGCCUCAAGGUCCUCUGCAUUAAGAGCAAUCUAACCAAGGUCCCACCUUCCAUCGUUGAAACCUCCAGCCACCUCCAGACACUGUGUAUCCACAACGAUGGCACCAAGUUGGUGAUGCUCAACAGCCUGAAGAAGCUGUCCAACCUGACAGAGCUGGGGCUGAUCCACUGUGACCUGGAGCGCAUACCCCACGCCGUGUUCAGUUUGACCAACCUGCAGGAGCUGGACUUGAAGGAGAACAACCUGAGGUCGGUGGAGGAGAUCAUCAGCUUCCAACACUGCCGCAAGCUCACCUGCCUCAAGAUGUGGCACAACAGUAUAACUUACAUCCCAGAGCACAUCAAGAAACUGACCAGCCUCGAGUGUCUCUACUUUAGCCACAACAAGAUCGAGGUGCUGCCCUCGCACCUUUUCCUGUGCAACAAGCUGCGCUCUCUGGACCUGGGCCACAACGACAUUCGCUUCAUCCCGCCGGAGAUCGGCGUGCUGCAGAGCCUGCAGGACUUCUGUAUCACGGGCAACAAGGUGGAGAGCCUCCCCGACGAGUUGUACUUUUGCAAGAAGCUGAAGACGCUGAAGAUCGGCCGCAACAGCCUCUCCGUCCUGUCACCCAAGGUCGGCAACCUGGCGCUGUUGACCCUGCUGGAGCUGAAGGGCAAUCAUCUGGAGGUGCUGCCGAGGGAGCUGGGCGAGUGCCGCUCGCUGAAGCGGAGCGGGCUGCUGGUAGAGGACGCCCUCUUCGACGGGCUGCCCUGCGAUGUUAGAGAACAGAUGAGAGCGGAAUAGGGCAGGGAGCACUCCACGCCCCCGGCGAGCGAGUGCCAUCAAGCGGCAAUAGUCUCAACCUUAAAUUCCUUUUGCUUCUCAUCCAGUCCAACUCGCCAGCGUUAAUUUUUACAUUAACCUCGUAUUUUAUAAUCCGUUAUUUUAUAUUUAUAUAUAAAUAUAUUUUUAGCUGCGACUGUAUGAAACAACUGAUUGAAUAAUGCUGUUGGCUCGCUUCUGUUGGGAAUAAUGUUGAUCUUCACUUUGCCACAUUUCUUGGGAGAGCUGGGCAGCACGAAGACCAUCCCAGCCUUUAAUACAUGGGUAAUAUUUAUGGUAUCAGGACUUCUGUGCUCAGUGUCGUGGGCAGGCAAGCGGGAACUUAUUUAUUAGAGAGAGAUAAAAAUCAAUGGGGGGGGGGGCGACGUGCCUUUUGGAAGGGUUUUACCCAACGGAACUGCGCAAGAAGAGGCGAAGUGCCACUAGGUUGAAGAACCCCGUUCAGUUUGUUUGAGGCGGAGAUCUAACAGGGAAUAAAACCUUUGCACUUAAAGCAAUGGGAAUGCGUGAAUUUUAAGGCAACGGGAUAGGAGGGGAAUUGUGGAAGUUAUUUUUGUUCACCCAGGGAGAGGCGGGGGGUCUGGAACUCACUGUCUGAACAGCGACGACCCUCACUGCAUGUAGGAGACGAGCACUUGGAACUAACACAUGCCUUGCACCAGAACUGAGAAGGAGAAUUAAUUUGAAGAUCUUUGGGGGCCAGCAUUGGCGCAGGGGGCCAAAUGGCCUCCCGCGCCCGCACAUUUCUGUGAUUCCAGUGGG